AUUCCAAACAUCUAACAUUCCCAUUUUAUAUGAUUUGCUCACAAUUUGGAUUACCAAAUUAUAGGUGGUAUUAUAAGUUUCCAAGAAUGGGACAAUACAUUAUACCCAAUCAUUUUGAACUAACUUGAUCCAUCCCCAAAAUUUACAAUUGGAUGCUGAGCAGCCUAGCAGGGAGUAGCUGGAUUUGGUUUAUGAUCCAAAUUCCAAGCGGUAGAGCUCAAUUCCUGACGGCGAAAAAUUCACACAUUCGUCUACCUCCUGCUAUUUGAGUCCAUUGUCAUCACCAUAAGGAAGACUGACGACGCUGAUUCGACAAGAUCAACGAUGUAGAGGCGGUGACUCCUGAGAUUCGUGCCAAAGGACAAGAAGUUGCGUUGAAGAAGCUAGAGAAGUUGCUUUUGGAGCCAUUGUGCGUGGUGUUGAGGAAGUCAACUCCACAUGAAUCAAACCAAGCACCUAUCGCUACUGUAUUUAAUGGAGGACUCCCUAGAGAGCUACCCGCGGCAGGUGUUGACAAUGUUGGUGGGCACGACAGUCUAACAUGGUUCAUGAAGAAUCAUUGACAGGAAAAGGGGUUUUGAGAUGUAAAGGAUAGAGCCGGUGGUGGACAGGGGUGGCAAAAGGUCAAAACUGGUGAUCGUGACCUGUUCAUUUAAAUCGGUUUAGGUUUUAUACUAGGGACCUGUUUAUAAACGGAUGAAUUCGAAUUUGGGUUGGGUCCAGGUGACCGAUUUAUUUGACUACUAAUCUACUAUAUAAACAUAACACAUAAAACCCUAAUUUAUAUUCCACUCCUGCAUAGCUGCACUCUAGUCUCCACACUCUCCACUGCCUUGCUCUUGUGCCCUUGCCUGUUUGCCCAGCACGCCCCACGCCGUCACGAUGGUGGUUGUUUCGGUGGUUUUUUGUGGUCAAUGUGAAGGCUUCUUGAAUCCUGAUCAUCCACUCGCAGCCGCGGAAGCACGUAGAGCUACAGAAGAGCCAAGGGCAAGUGAAGAUCUAGAAAUGUGGUAAAUAUGCUAAUGAAUUGACCAUCCAUGCACUCUCCCUCUCCAAAUCCAAAGUAAAAAAGAAGGCAAAGAUCGAAGCUUUGGAGGAUCUGAGUCCAAUUUUAGGCGACUCAGAUUCGAUUCUACACUCGAUUAACCCUGACUUCACCGCCGCUGAGUUCUCUGCUACUGCCGGCCUUUGUCGUUGCCUUGAAGAACACCACCACGAGCGAUUUACAAAGGUUCAGAGGCUUAUCAAUGAAUCGGCCAAAGGUGAAAUCAGCCCAGUUGGCAGCCUACAUGGCACCACAUGGCCAAAUCUGAACCGCGCAGUAUCUCCACAUAUAUCCGACGGCAGAGACGCGCUAAUUGCGCAUGCCCAUCUCCGGGAAGCGUGUGCCCAGCUGAAACCGAUCGCAAGACACCAGGCGCCACCUGACACGUCGGAUAGACCCUCAUCAAAACGAGACACGUGUCCACCCAGUACAAUCAAGAGGCCACCGUGGACCCGUUUCCCCGAAGGCAGGAAUCCUAAUCCCAGUUGGUACUUUGGCAUUAUAAAUUCUUUCCCAAAUCGAAUCAGUUCUGUGUCUCCGUAAUUGCUUCGCUUCUAAUUCACCUAAUUCCCAGAUUUCGGUUGGUGGGACAUUCCUGGAGCGAUCAAUAAUGGAAGCUUCCGGCGCCGUUCUCCGGCCAUCCGUUUCGUGUGGUUAUCGGCGGCAAUCUGAAAUUUUUUCUCUGGAGGCUAGCCGGAAGCUGUUGUGUGGGUGUAGUUCCGGUUGUUGUGGGUUUUCCGAUCAGGGCCAUUCACAAAAUCAUUACGCGCCGCCCCGCUGUGGCGGCGGGGGGAAUCAGAGGGAACAGGGGAAGAGAUCGGGUGCGCUCACAUCUAAGAAGAAGAUGAAAUUGGUGAAGGGAUUGAGGAGGGACUUGUCCGCAUUUUCCGAUAUGGGUUUUGGCUUAGAUCCUGGCAAUGGCUUGGUGGACGAAGUCAAGGCCAAGAUGAUUUCGGAAGCGGCGGAGGUUCUGCGGAUACAAUUGGAACAGGUAAGGGCAGCGGAGAAGGAAUCCAAGAGGAGGAGAAAGCUACAAGCGAAGGUCGCCAAUCUCAAUCCGAAACAUCACAAUACACCCGUAGUCGAUAAUUUUGAAGAUUCCUCUGGCUCUUCCUGCUCCGAAUCAAGCGACGAGGAACGCGGGGAGGAGGUCGUCUUGAGCCGCCUGAGAAGCGAAGCAGCCCCGGCGCAACCGCCGGCUGUAGUGCUCCGUGAUCCGGAAGCAGCAGGGGGCUCAAUUCAGCAGAGGAAGAAUGGUUUUGUUGAUGCUCAAGCCUCACUAAUUGAUUUUCUUGAAAAGGAUUGCAGUGGUUGCUGUGAAAUUGGUGGGUCGAAGAAGAAGGAAGAGAAGAGGAUAGAGGUAUGCAUGGGGGGGAAGUGCAGGAAAUCAGGAGCGGCGGCGUUGAUGGCGGAAUUCGAGAGGGCUGUUGGGGAAGAAGGGGCUGUGGUCGGGUGCAAAUGCAUGGGCAAGUGCAGGGUUGGUCCUAAUGUCAGGGUUUCAAGUAGUUCAUCAACAACAGCAGCCAUUAAUCCUCUGUGCAUAGGGGUUGGAUUGGAGGAUGUGGGUGUCAUCGUCUCCAAUUUAUUUGGUGAUGAACGGAGUCCAGCCGUGCUUGCGUGCCCGCCGAUUUAAUCACAGGGCUAGGAAGUGAAGUCAUAAUAUUCAUGGACGGGGGAGAUUGAUGAUUAAAAGAAAAAUAAAAAAAAAAUCCCACUUCAUCAGAAUUUAUGUGUUGAUCAAAAUGUAAAUAAUUUACGCUUUAGAUUUCAUUGUUCUCACUUCUCAUGUUCUAUUUGUUUUAUAUUUGCUAUUGUGAAUAUGAGUUGCAAUUUUUAUUGUGUUUUUGAAA